CCCAUGAUGGCGGAGGCGGGCGCGGGCGGCCCCCGGCUGGCGGAGCUGCUGGCGUUGGGAAGGCGGCUCUGGGACGAACUGGAGGCCAGCACCGAGCCCUCCUCGGGAGCCCCAGCCGUGCAGGAGAAGGUGCGGCAGGGGCUGGACGCGUUGCAGCGGGCGGCGGCCAUGGUGGCGCAGCUGGAGCUGUUCAGUGAGAACGAGGAGCUGGAGGAAAUCGCCUCAGCCGACCUGAAGUUCAUGCUGCUGCCGGCGCUGCUGGGAGCCCUGACGCUGAAGCAGGUGGACCUGAGCAGGAGAAGGGAACACCUGGAGAGUGCCCGGGAGCACUUCCUGCGCUUCCUCAAGCUCUGCAGGAACUACGGGCUGGGAUCUUUCCAGCUGCCCUCCAGCACCCCCGGCGAGGAGGAAUCCAGGAGCCCCUCGGCCCCCUGGGACCCCACCCAGCCCAACCUGGUGGCCAUGGCCAUGAGCAGGACAGCCAAAAUUGAAAGAUACAAACAGAAGAAGGAGCUGGAGAGCAAAUUGGCCUCCAUGAGCAGCUCCGUGGAGAGCGGGACAGCGGAUGAGGAUCAGAUCCGGGAAUUUUACACCCUCCAGAUCCAGAAAUGGAUUGGCACCAGCCUGGAGGAGAUUGAGAGCAUUGACCAGGAGCUGGUGAUCCUGGGGAGCAGAGAUGCAGCCAGGCCGGCUCCAGCAGGUCCCCAUGGCCCUUUCCGGCCAGCCAGAACUCUGGUGAAACCUUUCAUCCUCACCCGGGAUGCUGCACAGGCCAGGGUGUUUGGAGCUGGCUAUCCCGGGCUGCCCACCAUGACUGUGGAUGACUGGUACGAGCAGCGCCGGAGGCAGGGAAUUGUGUCCCCCCCACAGAGGGUUCCAGCAGGUGCAGGUGAUGAGGAGCUGCAAAAGCAUCAGCAGGAGACGGAGGAGGAGGAUGAGGAAGCUCUUCAGAAAGCUCGGGACUGGGAUGACUGGAAGGACACACACCCUUGGGGCUAUGGCAACAGGCACAACAUGGGCUGAUGCUCUGGCUGCCAGCAGGGCCUGGAGAUCCUGGGAGAACAGUCUGGAGAGGGAGGAGGGAAUACAGUGUACAUAGGUGGAGCAUCCAGGAAUUCCCUGGGUGGGCAGGAUGGCAGGAGGACACGUGACACCUUCGCAUUCCAUGUCAGACUGGGGGCACUGGUUGUGCUGGGGGAGCCCCAGAGCUUGGAGGGGCAGUUACAAUUGUUUUCAGGUUAGAAAUAUGCAAACAAAGGACAGAGAAUGAAAAACAAAGGAUUUGUUUAUGUUACAUCUGUGGGAAAAAGGUAGAACUGCUUUUAAUAUUGUACAAUAACUAAAAAGAUCUGACUCCAUUUAUGAAAAUCAAAAGGCUAUAAAAAACUCAGAAAAACCAGGGUAACAUCUCACCCUUUUAACUUUACAAAAAAGAAAAAACAGAACAAGAAAAAUGAACAAAUUUACAAAGGGAAUAUAUACAAGUUCAGUCACUGUCUGUGGAGGAAUCAUCCGAGUGAUCACUCGAGGAUUCAUCCACUUGGUGACUUUCAAGUUGAUCACGGCUUCCACCUUGCCUGUCGGCCGAAUUCUGCCUCUGUGGUCGCAGGUCAGGACGGACACACUUUGAAGGUAGCCAGCGUGUCCCAGUGUCUGUGGACACACACGCAUACCCUCGCCCCAUAGCGAUUAGGUCAUGGGGUCCUUCCCAUUGCUUGGUGACUAAAUUUCAGACCUGUACCUUCACUCGAGGCUGUUGCUCACCGUCCAAAGCCUGCAACAAGAGAUGAUGGUUCAAAAUGACAGGAUUAUUUGAGUUCUGCGGCACCGUAAGGUGAUUGAUGGUGUACAAAGCCUUUGCCAACCGACUGUGCGGGGUUUCACCCUGCAUUCCCCGUUUUUGUUUUUGAAGAACACGCUUGAGUGCACCGUGAGCGCGUUCUACAAUCGCCUGUCCCGUUGGAGAAUGAGGGAUGCCAAAGUUAUGUGACACACCCCAUGACUGUAGGAACUGCCGUACCUGCUGUGAGGCAUAAGCAGGACCAUUGUCGGUUUUCACCUCCUUCAAAACUGAAUAACCCAAUCGCUGUGCGAUGUCGGCAACAUAGGCUGAAUCCGUGAUCAAAUUGAAACAUUCCUGGGAAAAUUUCUCAAAUGCCAUGACAGCAGCCUUUAGUUCAACCAGUUGGGCUGACCCAUCCUCAGGGCUUUCCAAAACCUGCCACUCAGAUCCAUCCUGCCAGGUAACAAUGGCUUUUCCUGUUUUGCCCGAACCGUCAGUGAAGACGGUGGGUCCUUGCACUGGCUCUUGGCUAUUUUUGGGUCGUAGAGGAAAUUGAGUAUUUUUCGCCACUUGCAAUAGCUUGUGGCUAGGCAGAUGAUAAGUGAUCUGCCCUGAAAAACCCUCGAGAGCACUUUGCAGCGAAACAUUGUUUGCAUAGCUCCAAUCAAAUUCCUCCCUCUGAACCGGGAGUAUGAUCUUUGAUGGAUCUGCACCCAUCAAUUGCAAACAGCGUUGCCGGCACUUGAUUAUCAAGGGCACAAUCAAUUCAAACAGCACCGUCGCCGUCUUAUGCGGCUGAUGAGGCAGGAAGACCCAUUCCAAGAUGUGCAGAGGAUCAGUCCAAUCAUCAUUCCAUUGGCCGAUGAUACCUGUAGGAUGUAAAUCAGGAGUGGUGAUGAACACAGUGACAUCAAUGGAAGGUUCAAUGCGGUACACCUGGCGAGCCGAAACAGCUUGCUGAACCUCCUCCAGCACUUUGCGUGCCUCAGGGGUCAAUUCACGAGGUGACUUUAAAUAAGUAUCCCCUUUCAACAAUUCAAACAAGGGAGACAGUUGUGCUGUGGUCAGUCCCAAGUAAGGACGUAACCAAGUGAUGACACCUACCAGCUUCUGAGCAUCAUUCAGUGUCUUCACCGAUUGCACAAAUUGCACCUCCUGCUGACGGAUUGUCCGUUCCAGAAUUUUGACCUCCAAAUAUUUCCAGGGAGGUUGUUGUUGUACCUUUUCUGGAGCCACCUGCAGUCCAUGUGAAUGCAGAGCAUCCAACAACUGAGGCUGUAGCCUCAGCAGCUCAUACUGGGUGGGCGCAGCCACCAAAAUGUCGUCCAUAUAAUGACAGAUGUGAGCAUCAGGAAACCGCUUGCGAACUCCAGACAAGGCACAGGCCACAUACCAUUGGCAUAACACCGGCGAAUUUCGCAUGCCCUGAGGCAAAACUUUCCAUUGAUACCGCGGUGCGGGCUCGGCAUUAUUUAUUGUUGGUACCGUGAAGGCAAAUUUUGGUCUGUCAUCGGGAUGCAGAGGGAUCAUAAAAAAACAAUCCUUCAGAUCCACGAUGAGGACCAGCCAGUCUGCAGGAAGCAUGGUAGGCGAUGGCAUGCCUGCCUGCAAUGUCCCCAUGCCUUCCAUCACGGCAUUGAUCUUUCGGAGGUCUUGUAGCAACCUCCAUUUCCCAGACUUCUUUUUGAUACAAAAGACAGGAGUGUUCCAGGGACUGGUAGAUGGUUCCAAAUGCCCCUGAUCCAACUGCUCCUGUACGAGUUCACGAAGGGCGAUUAACUUGUCAUGAGGGAGGGGCCACUGGUUCUCCCAGAUGGGUCUGUCCACCAGCCACCAUAAAGGAGGCGUGGGACACUCUGUGCCCUUCAUCACAGUGACCCCAAUCAAAAAUCCGUUCCCAAUCGCACCCCCCAUGCGGCCAAAUCAUCCCUCCCUCAGAGGUUCUGAGCAAUCUCAGCAACAUGAGGCCAAAUUAUGGCCGUCUGUCCCUCCGGGUUCGUGAUGGCCACGGGAUUCUGGCUCACGUAGCAUUGCUUCGUUCCUCCUAAGCCCGAGAUCGAUGUCUUUGCCAGGCUCAAAGGCCACUGCGGGGGCCAAGCGGCCAGGGAGAGAAUGCUCACGUCGGCCCCGGUCUCUAGGAGACCACGAAGGUGAAUCUUCGAUGGCGUGGCACCAACCAUGGACACGGUACACAGCGUCUCAGGACGGUCUUUGGUCAGGACAGCAGUCCAACGCACUUGAGGUGGCCCUGUAGAGCCAAAGCCACCGUCUCCUCGCGACUGGUCCUUGGUUCUGGAAACAAGACUUAAAAGGAACAAGUUGAGCAAUUCAUGUGCAUUUUGGGAUAGUCAGAGGAGGGGUGGGUGUGGAGACCAUUGCAUGAAUCUGUCCCGAAAAAUCCGCAUCAAUCAGUCCAGGUGCACCAUGAUACCUUGAAUGGUGGCACUGGAUCUCCCCAUCAAGAAAGCACUCAUGCCAUCACCCAAGGGACCAAAGGCAUCCAGGGGAACCUUGUGUAUUUUGUCCAAAUCAAUCACGACAGACUCGGCUGUGCAGACAUCAACACCUGCUGAACCGCGGGUGCUGGCUGCAAGCCUGCUGAGCAGAUCUCCAUUGGUUGGGGCUGAGGCAGAGACAUUUGUGUCGGCACACGUCUCGCCUUCGCGCUCCGCGUUGCGUUUCCCGAACUGCCCAAUGGCUGACCAUUCACAUGCACUGUCGCCUUACACACAUUCGCAGCGUGAUUCGGCCUUCCGCAUCAUGCACAAUGAAACAAGACAGCCAUAGGCUUCUGUGCCUUUCCACCCUGUUUCUUCCUGGUCCGAGCACCCCAUUGCUGCUGGUGCACCCCCUGGGGAACGACCCAAGCAGGCUGCACAGCAGCAGCCACAGCUGGUUGCACGGCCGCAGGCACGGCCGGCUGGACCGCCGUAGUCACCGUUGGUUGGACAACCGUAGCCAUGGCUGGCUGUACAGCCAUAGCUACGGCAACCAUCUGUUGGCUGGAAGGGGUUACCUUUGCACAGGCCUCAACCAUCUGCAACAUGGGUGGUUCCCCAGGAAGCGCCUCAAUUAUCCUCUUGCAAACAGCAUUGCAGUUGCUUCGAGCAAGGAACUGAAGCAUGAGCUUCCUUGCCGCAGGAUCACUCACCUGCUUCUCAACUGCAGCAGUCAGCCGUCCUGCAAAGCACAGGAAGGGCUCAUCAGCUCCCUGGACGACCGUUACAAAGGACUGCUGUGGAGUAGCCAGCUGUAUGGUCUGAACCAGGGCUGCCAUGCCUGUCUGCUGUCACUGCUCCUGGACCAAGGGCUCAAAACCAGCCUGCCCUUCGGCCCUGGUAUAAUUGCCUGUUCCCAGUAGCAUAUCGGUAUUAACCAUAUGCCUAGGAUCACCUGGACCCAGUGUCCUAUUCCGUUCCACCGCUCUGACUGCCAACUGAGUCCAUUUAUGCUCAAAGAAAUCAUAUUCAACUGGUGGGAAAAGGGCCCGAGCUAAGUGAAAGAUUCCAAAUUGAUAGUGAGUUUAUAUAAAUUGACCCUCGAGGAUGAGAGGGAAAUUAACCCCAAGGUGUGGCACACUGGAAGGGAGGCAGGGAGACUGGAAAUGGAACCUAUCUCGAUCGAAAUCGAGAGACCAGAGGACCCCAUGAGGGUGAAGCAUUACCCUAUCUCCCUGGAGGGGAGGCGAGGAUUAAAGCCCAUAAUAGAGGAUUUAAUAGCAAAGGGGAUCCUGGAACCAUGCAUGUCCUGACAUAACACACCCAUCCUGGCAAUAUGAAAAACGGAUGGGAGCCGUAACAAAUCGACACGCUAAAUUCUGUAAAUCAAAAUUUAGAAUUUUAUUUCGAGACUUAAAUUUAGUCUCUAACAGCUACAAUUAAAAGGAACAGCGUCGAACCCCGGGGUUUCGGCACUGGGUGAACAUGGUAAUGGACUCUAUCGCUCCGUAACCCCCUCUGUUCACAAAUUGUGCCCAGCACUGCUGGUUUUUAUACAGUCUUUUGCUGAGAGUGGACAGCGACCGUAGAACUCUUGCUUCGUGGUAGCUUCAUUAGGUAUUCAUGUUCAGGUCCUGGGUCAGUUGAAUAGAUUCUCAGAGUGGAACAAUGCCAUGAUUGCCAGGUCCGGAGAAGGUUUGGAAAUGUUAAAUCGGGCCAGAACACAUAAGAUACUGAUUUUCUCCAAAUCGUUUGAUUGUUAGCGUGCCCAUCUUCAGGGAAGGCAUGGCCAAUCUCCCCAUCUUUCUAUUCUUUUAGUUUUGUUGGUUGUCCCGAGGUUUUUCCUGGCAGAAAUUCUUUCUUUCCCCAACCCCCGUGUCCCCUUCUUGCACUUUUAGUCUUUGUUAACCCUAAACACACUUUAGGUUUACAGAUCUUAAAUCAGACCGAACACAGAUCAAUUUUAUAUUGCAUAUCACUACAUUUCACCGUGAAUUAAUUACAUAUCACAUUACCUAACACGAAUUAACUUUAGGUCAUAUAUCACAAUAAGACUUCAGGCAGUGGUGGAGGUUGUUUCUUGUUACCCUGGUUUUUCUGAGUUUUUUAUAGCCUUUUGAAUUUUCAUAAAAUGGAGUCAGAUCUUUAGUUACUGUACAAUAUUAUGAGCAGUUUCUACCUUUUUCCCACAUAUGUAACAUAAACAAAUCCUUUGUUUUUCAUUCUCUGUCCUUUGUUUGCAUAUUUCUAACCUGAAAACAAUUGUAACUGACAGUUGGUCUAGCCACUGAGGCUGAGGGGUGUUUAACCCCAGAAGCCAAUCUUUAGCCAGACCCACAAAUGUAUAAGAAGUAAGAAAUAAACAAGGAGGUCUCUCUCCGCCCUGUCUCAGCUUGAGCUGGCAUGGAGGAACUCUCUGCCCUGCGAAA